AUCCCUUUUCCCAGCACAACAUCAGCUGCUAUUGGCCACCCUCACUGCACCUGUUCAACCCUCGCGCCAAUCACGCGCCUCGAUCGUUGCUCACCAAGAUGGCGGCUUCCAGUGCGCCGCUUUGCUCAUCCUCGCAGCAGAACGACAGAUAUAGCCUUAUCUCCGGAUCAUUUGAACUCUCCCCGAGGCUGACCAGAGAGAGCUGAGCGGGGCUGCGCUGAGAAACCCGGUAGCCGUCCCUUCCCUUCACGUUUUCAUGGUACGCGGAGCCGGGCUCGGUGCUGGACUGAAGGGGGUUGUGCUAUCCGAGUAUGGCCACCGACAACAGGAUCAAUUUCUGGAGGAGAAACACUAAGGUUCCCGGAAGUGUGCAACCAGUUUAUGGAGCACAGCAUCCACCUCUUGAUCCCCGUUUGCGACGCACGUACCCAAAAGACCCAAAGCCCAAAUUCAAUAACCUUAAGUCUAAAAAGGCUUGCAGCUUCCACGAGUUUGCUUGCAGCACAAAUGAUGCUUGGGACAUCGAUGACGAGGAGGAUGACAAUUUCUGUGGGACCCCCUUCCCAAUGUCUUUUAUGCCUUCAGGCCAGGACUCGACCUUAUCUGUGCACAGCCAGAAACUACAGCAUGAGACAGGUGAAACAGAACACGUGUUGCCGCACAUACUGACUCCACCCAGAAACGACGGUCACAACCCCGUGGAUGAUGGCUCAGAGUGUGAGGGUGUCAAUGGCAAGUUUGUAAAGUCGAGUAGUGACGCAGACAUCAGCACCUCCUCAGUUCGCGCCUCACUGCAGAAGCAGCAAUCUCUCCCUGUUCGUCCCAUCAUCCCGCUGGUGGCUCGUAUCUCAGAUCAGAAUGCUUCAGGGGCUCCACCCAUGACGGUGCGGGAGAAAAACCGGCUGGAUAAAUUCAAGCAGCUGCUGGCUAGUCCCAACACUGAUCUAGAAGAACUCCGGAAACAUAGCUGGUCAGGAAUACCAAGAGAAGUCCGGCCAAUCACAUGGAGACUUCUGUCUGGAUACCUGCCAGCCAACAAGGAGCGCAGAGAGCUAGUUCUGAAAAGAAAGAGAGAAGAAUAUUUUGGGUUUAUAGAGCAAUAUUACCACUCCAGAACCGACGAGCACUAUAAAGACACAUACAGACAGAUCCACAUUGACAUUCCAAGAACCAACCCACUCAUUCCUUUGUUCCAGCAACCUGCAGUCCAAGAGGUAUUUGAGCGGAUUCUUUUUAUCUGGGCCAUCCGUCAUCCAGCCAGCGGUUACGUCCAGGGCAUUAAUGAUCUGGUCACACCCUUUUUUGUUGUCUUCUUGUCUGAGUUUGUCACGGAAGAUGUGGAGAACUUUGAUGUGGCAGCUCUGCCUCUGGAGACCCAAAGAAACAUUGAGGCUGACAGCUUCUGGUGCAUGAGCAAACUGCUCGAUGGCAUACAGGACAACUACACCUUUGCCCAGCCUGGAAUCCAGAACAAGGUGAAAGCGUUAGAGGAGCUGGUCAGCCGAAUAGAUGUGGAUAUUCACAAUCAUUUCAAGAAAUAUGAGGUGGAGUACCUGCAGUUUGCUUUCCGAUGGAUGAACAACCUCCUGAUGAGGGAGUUGCCACUUCGUUGUACUAUUCGUCUUUGGGACACCUACCAGGCUGAAGCUGAAGGUUUCUCCCACUUCCACUUGUAUGUGUGUGCUGCAUUUCUUAUUGAGUGGCGCAGAGAAAUCCUCUGCAUGGUUGACUUUCAGAGCCUCCUGAUGCUCCUCCAGAAUCUCCCAACUAUCCACUGGGGUAAUGAAGAAGUGGGUCUCCUCCUGGCGGAAGCUUAUAGACUCAAGUACAUGUUUGCAGAUGCCCCCAGCCACUAUAAGAGAUAAGCCUCAAAGAAUCAAACCCUGCUGGGACUGGGAGGACCUGAGCAGUGUUUGGGUCUGAGGUAACACUGAAGAGACUGACAGUGGGAGAAACUAACCACUUAACUCUAUGCUGUGAAGAUGAAGUUUGGAGAAUAUCACCAUGAUUUGAAUUUUGGGGUGGAGCCACAGGGCUCCAGUGAAUUUUCUGGACUAUAUGCAGUAAACAUACUGCACUGUAUCAGUGGACUGUUACAGUAUAUAAACCACAUGUAUUUAGUUUUUUUUUUUGUUUUCUCUCAGAAGAACAUGCUGCAAUUUUAAAGGAUGUUGAAUGUUUGUGAAAUCCUCCCUUUUAGUGGCAUCUGCAGAUUCUAUUUUAUAUUUGUUUUCUAACAAAACUCAGUAUGAACCAGGUAACUACUGUUUUUCUCAUUUGAAGUCAGACACUGAUGAGCUGUUAUAAAUAGGAAGCACAAUAAAGCGCCCCCUCCUCUCUGAUUUGUUUAGGACUACCAAAUCUGCUGUGAACAAUCAGCCUUUUUAAGCACUCGGUGUGACCUGAAUAAGCUUCCUAGAUUUACACUGUAAAACAAGCUUCUGUGGUUCAUUUUGUGUUUUUUAGGUAAAAGAUGAAUAAUUGGUUUGCAUCCAAUUUCCCUUUCUGGCUGUGAAUCACUUUAAUCAAUGUCUAAAGGGUUGAGCUUUAAUCUGCAGUGUAUAGAAUUGUAUUAAAGAUAUAUAAAUGGACCUUUUAUUUAGGAUAGCUUUUAAAUUUCACCAUAUGCCCCUAAUUAGUGGUUAUGAAUUACCCUAAAAUCUGGUAAAUUUUACUCAAUUUUAGUUUGAAAACAACUAAAUAUGUCAACUCUUUAUAAUGCCACAGAAUUACAACUCCUGCAAACUAAUAUGAAAUCAAUUCUGUUGCAUGGUGUUCAGUCAGUUUUAAUUCGUAGCGGCAGAAUUCAUUCACAGAUGUGACAUAACAGCUGAAUGUUUUUGCUUUGUAAAACAUAGCCUUAAUAAAUUUGUAAUUAACGGCACAUCUUUUUUUAAGCUCAAGAAGAGGAACUCAUGGAAACACGAACCAAAAACCCAGUGAAUCCUUGAACCUCCUCUGGAAUUCUGAGGCAUGGACUUUACUAAUGGGAAAACAGUAUUCCUGUCUCGUUCCAACAUCAUCAUAUGGCAGCUGCCAGAUAGAGCCUUGUUCUGCUUCCUGUUUCAUUCUGUUUAACUGUUAAUGGUAAUUCUAGUUCAGUUUUUCUGGGGAAAAUCCAUUUUCCUUCAGCUUGAAGUUCCUACUGCUCAGUCACAGACACCAACUCCUGUGUCUGUUGAUUUGUGUUUUAUAUAUUUUCUUGAUCAUUUUCUGUUUUCCUGUCACAUUAAUUCAAAUCUUUCAAUUUUUGGGGGAUUUGCUCCAAGUUGUAGACCCAGCUAACAGGGGACCAACCAACAUAUAGCCACAAUAUGCAUUGAUUUACCUUGAUGGUCAACAUGUCGAUAAGGUCUGCACGCAAUUUUGUCUUCAUCAUAUUUUUAAUAAUGACACCUACGUAUGUAUUUGUUUUAGAAAUGUAAUUUACAUUGAUUCCAGAAUUGUUCCCUCUACUUGGUUUUAAAAAUCAUAUGCUGUUAAUGACUGCAGUGUUUUAAGGUACGUUUCUGAAACUCAUAAUGUUCAGCUGUUAAAGUUGUUUUGUGUCGUGUGGUUUGCUUCAUUUCUGCUAUAUAGUCAAAUAAGUGAGCAUUCUCUAAGACUAGCAAGUCGUCAUCCUGUUUUGGCAGGGUAAACUUUUAUCCAAACCAGUAAGAGUCAUUUGUAGAGUCGGUCAAACAGAAUUAGUGUUUGUUCAGUCUUUUUGCUACUCAAAGACAUUUAGUCUUAACCUGCUACUGAACACAGCCCAAAGCAGCUUUAUGUCCAUAAUGAUGCCUUUGUUUUAUUUGCAAUGUACUCCUGUAAAGUUCUAUAACUUAUGCCUGUAUUUAAGUUUUAAGUUUGUUUCAUACAAUUUUGUUUUUUAAACAUUUAUGUCCCCCACUCAUCUACCUUGUGGUAACAACACAGCAUACAGUAUGUUUUAUUUGACAGCCAUUUUGACAUGUAUCAUCUGACCAUUUCUUUCAUCCUCAUGUGUGAACUGGAACAAGUCUGAAGUAAAGUAAUUCUGACAGAAUUUAGAUGCCGGACUGCAGACCUGUAGACUUGAACGACCUCAGUCAGUAGAUGAGUUUGAAAUGAAGUCUUUCUGAAAUGACGUGACAUGACAUUAAAAAUGCUUUGGUACUUAAAUCACAUCAUACUUUACCUUGGAGAUGAUCUGACUGUGUCUUAGUCUAAUAAUGGUACAGCUAUUGUGUUUAAUAUUGAUGUUAUUCAUUAUCAAGAAUGUUUUGUGAGCGUUACAGUUUACCUGUAGCCUUAAAACCACAUUCAUUCCUCCAUUCAGGGGAGUCCACUGAUUGUGUCACUACCAUGAUGGUAUUGUUCGAUCCACACUGACUUAUUUCAAGGUCAUUUGUUUUUAAAGAUGUGAUGUAAAGAACUACAUGUUAAAUAGGGGUGUUGAAUUGCCUAUGAAGCGUUAAUGUGGAUUCAACAAAAAGCCAAAUAUCUUUUGGGCCAAGGCAAAAUGUUUUAAAGCUCUUCGGCUUUAGCCUUAAAUGAAUAAAUUAUUACAGUUUCUGCUGUAUUUUCAUUCCUUUUGUUUAUAUUAAACUAAUUGCGAUUAUUCA